GCCAUUCUGACGAGCGCUUUGCCAUUGAAUGCGUGGCCGUGCUGUCGCGAGUGCUGCCGAGGCAACUGUACGACGUAAGUCUGUUAUUCCUCCAUAAAACCUAUCAGCACAACGCAAGAAUAACCUGCCUCCCCAACAUCUCUAAUUGGAAUCUCACUUCUUUCAUCCAGUGGAGGCUGAUCCAGAGAAAUCCACAUAUCAUUUCACCACGUUUCACAACUAUCAAAAGGUGUCCCGAAUCGAAGUCUCUCCCUCCACUCCUCAAAGGUAAACUUCAAUUAAGACAGCGUUGAAGACUUUUUCUGAACAUCUUUGCCAAACGCUGACCUGGAAGUUGGGAUGGCAAAUGUGGAACUUAAGACCAUCACCAAAUUUAAUGAACAUAAACCUGCAGCUGCAGAAGGUGGAAUGAAAGGAAAAAGCAUUUAUAAUGAUGCUGUUGAAAGCACAAGUUCCCUGCCAACCCAGACGAAGCCUGGAUUCACCUCCAUGCCGAUGUCUGUUUUCAACCUCAGCAAUGCCAUCAUUGGCAGUGGACUCUUGGGCUUAUCAUACGCCAUGGCCAACACAGGGAUUAUAUCAUUUGUAUUCCUUUUAGUUGUCAUUGCACUGAUGUCAUUGUAUUCAAUUCACCUCUUGCUCCAAACUUCAGUGGAAACGGGUUCCAUGGUUUAUGAAACGCUGGGAGAGCUAGCAUUUGGAAGACCAGGGAAAUUUGCUGUUUUUGGAUCGACAUCACUUCAGAACAUUGGAGCCAUCUUGAGUUAUUUACUAAUUGUCAAGAAUCAACUGCCACAUGUCAUCGAGUCCUUUAUGUACCAAGCAGAUUCUGAAGUGUGGUACUUAAAUGGCACGUACCUUGUUCUACUUGUGACUUUGGUCAUCAUCUUACCUUUGUGUCUCUUCAAGAACUUAGGAUACCUUGGAUACACCAGUGGAUUUUCGCUUUUCUGUAUGACCUUCUUUCUAAUUGUAGUUGUCUAUAAAAAGACCCGGCUUCCCUGUCCUUAUACAGUGACUAAUUCUUCAAACUGCACAGACAUGUGCGCAGCCAAGUAUUUUAUCUGGAAUAAUAAGACAGUCUAUGCAUUGCCCACUGUGGCCUUUGCUUUUGUGUGCCAUCCAUCAGUAUUGCCCAUUUACAGUGAACUUAAGAAUCACACAUGCAAGAAAAUGCAACUGGUUUCAGUCUAUUCCUUUGGGUCGAUGUUUAUCAUGUACCUACUGACAGCAAUUUUUGGAUACCUGACGUUCUUUGGCAAUGUUAAAGAAGAGCUGCUUCACUCUUACACUGAUCCUCGUGAUAAGCUUAUUUUGCUCAUUCGUCUGGCUGUAAUUAUAGCGGUAAUACUGACUGUGCCUGUCCUUCUGUUCACUGUCCGAUCUUCGAUUGUCCUGUUGCUGUUUAAGGGAAAGUUCAACUGGAUUCAUCACAUUAUAGUCACAGUCAUUCUUCUAACAAUUGUGGAUCUGUUGGUAAUAUACAUUCCAACGAUAAAGGAUGUAUUUGCUGUCAUAGGCUCCACUGCUGCUAAUAUGUUGAUCUUCAUUCUGCCUGCCUCGUUGUAUUUAAAGCUUGUGAAGAAUGAGUCUCAAGGCAAAUGGACAAAAAUAAACGUUAUAGUUUUUCUCAUUGUAGGGAUAAUAUUUAUGGCCGUUACUAUACCGUUAAUCUUUGUUGAAUGGAAUGGAAGAAGUGGCAAUAACACAAUCGGAAAUAGCUGCUCAAAAUGACAAAGACACCUGUGACAGUGUGAAGAAAAAUGACAAGAUUUGUUUGCCAAUCUGGAGUAUUCCGUGAAGUAUUGUUCAGUGAAAGAUUUGUCUGGUUAUUCAAGAAUUGACACACCUGGUAGCUUACCAGUUACCAUUUUCUAUGAUCUUGAAAAUAGAUCACUUUGGACCAUAAAGAAGAGGCAUCCUUCACGGAUGUGUAAUCAAUUGUGCAAAAUUCACAGUAGUGGAAGAACUCAGUGCGUCGGGCAGCAUCUGCGGAGGGAAUGGACAAAUUAUGUUUUGGAUGAACACCCUUAUUCAGACUGUUCUUCCAGCACUUUGUGUUUUGCUCAAGAUUCCAGCAUCUGCACUGACUUGUGUCUUUAUAAUCAUACAUGGAUUGUUUUUGGAUGUUUAUCUGGAAAACAAAAUUGGAAACCAAUUUUCUACAAUUCUUGGAAAAUAAAUAUUUUUGACAAUUUUUCAUAAUCAAACGAUUAUUUCGUUUUUUUUUUAAUCCAUUUUACUAAUAAUUACAUUUUAAUUCAAUGUUUUCAAAGGACAGUUCCAUCCUGUAAACUAUUCCAUACCUUAUUUUUCUCCUCGUCCUCUUUUGAAACCAAUUGUAAUGUGACAUAUUGUCAUGCAUCAGGAAAGUCACUUCUAACUCGCUUAUAAAAGGUCUCAAUUAUAAAAUGUAAUUUAAACAGGGUUUAAAAUGUCAUCAGGAGAUGGAAAUAAACAUUUAAUAUAUUCCUUACCCUUUUUAUUAUUGGUAAAUUGAUGUAGUGCGACAAAUCCUCGUAUUAUACAGGUAUAAGUAACUAUCAGAAGUGAGCAUUUCUAGAUUAUUAUGUAACUGUUAUGAAUGUACCCAUGAGUUUCAAGGUUCACUACCUCUGUAUAAGCAACUUUUAGAGUUUAGUUUAGAUAUACCAUGGAAACAGGCCCCUCAUCCCACCAUGUCCAUGCCCACUAUUGAUUUACCCGUUUACUUUAGUUCAAUGUUAUUCCUCUGUCACAUCCACUCCCUACACACCAGCAGCAAUUUUACAGAGGCCAAACAAACCCCAUGUCUUUGGGUUGUGGGAGGAAAUCGGAAUACCCAGAUGAAACCCACACGGUCACGGGGAGAAUGUGUAAACUCCACACCACCAGCACCCGAGGUCAGGAUCAAACCUGGGUCUCUGGAGCUGUGAAGCAGCAGUGGUAUCAGCAGUGCUCGUGGAGACACUCACAAACAUGUUAUCUAGAAAUUUAAAUGAUAUCUUAAUGUCAGCUUUUUAAUUGGACUUUAUUACAUGUGGGCCAUGCUGAUAGUUCACGGCAGUACUGAAAGCUUGCUUCAUUCUCAGAGAUUAUAAAUCAAUGUCCUGCCUUCCCAUUCCCAGGCCAUGACUGAAUAAUGUUAUGUAGUUAAAGGUAUAUUUUGUGAAUCUGUUGUACACCAUAAGGCUUGAGCAUUGAAUUGUGAGGAUUCUACAAUAGUAAGCUCUGUGCUCAAAUUCCAAACAUCAAGUACAUCCUCUCCAAAUGUUUUUGUCCAGACAUUUUUUUAAAUGGACGACCGAUUGGGGCUAACUGUGAUUUUUUUGCAACAAUGUAAAAAUAAGCAAUGGAUAAUUCAGCAUCUAUUUCCAAACUCUAUUCACCUUGGAAGUUGAGAAGCAAUCUUGUUAAUUUACAUUCCGCAAAAAACAACAUAUUUGUAUAGUACUUUUCAUGUAACAAAGCAUCACAAGGCAUUUCCCAGGCAUGGUGACAAACAGAUGGCACUAAAUGUAAAAGGUAUGACGAUGGAGGAAGGGAAUUGCAGUAAUUGGACCCUUGUCUGCUGAAGACACAGCUGCUUAUUCUACAGUGAUUACAUUUGGAUCAUUCAAGAGGAUAGAAAUUGAGAACUUCAAAGAUCUUUGAUUGUUGCAACAGGGAGAAGAUUACAAAAAUAAAGAGGAGAAAGAUGAUGAUGAGAAAGAUAGAUCACUAGGGACAAGGAUCAUGAGCAAAUUGGACAGUACAAAUUAGGACAAUACAGCACACUUUGGAUUACUUCAAUUUUAUGGAAGUUUGAAUGAGAUGUUGGAAUAAUUAUUGGAAAGCUAGCAAAGGAAGGUUUCAGCAAGAGGUGACGUGAUGGACAUUUUCUCUCACUUGGGCCACACUUCCAAUGCGCUUUCCAACUCACCAACACCCGCUCAAUCUUGUCUGGAAUAGGAUCAUUGCCAAAGGAUCCAUCUGAUUUUAGUUAACAUUAUUUUGACAUGAUGGUGGUGAGAUACAAUUUCAUUUGUUCUAUGCGAUAAACAAUAGUAUAGUAAUAGGCCUGAAGAGAGUAGAUAUGGAGAGGAUGUUUCCACUAAUGUGUGAGUCUUGGACCUGAGGCCAUAGCCUCAGCAUAAAAGGACGUACCUUUGGAAAAGAGAUGAGGAGGAAUUUAUUUAGUUAGAGGGUGGUGAAUCUGUGGAAUUCAUUACCGCAGAUGCUUGUGGAGGCCAAGUCAAUGGAUAUUUUUACGGCGGUGAUUGAUAGAUUCUUGAUUUGUCAUGCCCCUGUCCCACUUAGGAAACCUGAACGAAAACCUCUGGAGACUUUGCGCCCCACCCAAGGUUUCCAUUAGGUUCCCGGAAGUUUUUGUCAGUCUCCCUACCUGCUUCCACUACCUGCAACCUCCGGCAACCACCUGCAACCUUCCGGGAACCGCACGGAAACCUUGGGUGGGGCGCAAAGUCUCAGAGGUUUCCGUUCAGGUUUCCGAAGUGGGACAGGGGCAUAAGGGUGUCAGGGGUUAUGGGAAGAAGGCAUGAGAAUGGGGCUGAGAGGGGAAGAUAGAUCAGCCUUGCUUGAAUGGUGGAGUAGACUCGAUCGGCCGAAUGGCCUAAUUCUGCUCCUAUAAUUUAUGAAGCAAUGAACUUUCAUACUUCCUUCCACUCAUUGCAACCCCAUUUCCACCCUCCUCCCUUUAAACUCACUGGAUUCACAUUAUAAAACAAUGUAUCAAUUUAAACAAAUGAAUUAAAAACAAUUUAUUGUAAUAAUGCACAUAACAUCCAAUAGUCCAGAAAAUCUGAUAGUCCAGCACCACCAAUGUCCUAAGAAUGCCAGAUAAUCAGAAUUUUACAGUCCUAAUCUCAAACCUUCUCAAAGAGAAAAAGUGAAGACCUUAUUUAACAAAAAAUAAGCCAAAAAGUUCAAUUUUGCAGCAUUAAAAUAUUUAGUUUUUGAGAUUACGCAAACAUUCCACUGAUUUGAAGAUUUAUGAUGGAUUUAUAUGGUGACGUAUUUGCUUUUUCAACUAUACACAAAUAUACUUUCAUUUAUUUUGGCUUGGAUUACUGAUAUGCAAACAAGUCUGAAUGCUUUUUUUUAACAGAGUUAAAAUUGUAUCACAAACUUGCAUUUCAGAAAACAACUGAGCUCUCUCAACUGAAACUUGAACUCAGGAUUAGAUGAAAAGCUAUAUUUUAUAAUCUACGAACCUAUCUCCAUUGACAUAUUAUAGGCAACCCAUUCCACCUCUUCCGUUUCUCUGUUUUUUUUAAAAUCUGUAACUUUCUACCCUCUCUUUCUCUCUCUUUCUAUAAAAAAUAAAAAUA